UCCCGGAAGUGACAUCUGCGUCGAACUGUUGUGCUGACUCUCGCUUGUCGGUUCACAGUUGUUGCUUUACGUUCGGAAUGCGUUUGAAUCUCAUGGCCUAAGCACGAAAUCAACGUUUCCGUGGCGUUUUACAAUCGCCGACCAACAUCUCCAAACUCAAAAUCGAGUGGUUUCGUGGAGUGUUCGAGAGUUUUGAUGCUACUUUCAGCAGGAGUAUAUAGCAAAAUAUUUACGCACAGCUGUUUUGGGAGCUUGGGAACUUCACCCGGGGCCGGGCCGGGGAGGGGUGGGUGGUGAAGAAGGGUUUGGAAGAUUUCCCUCGGGUUGUUUCUACUCUACAAGAAAAUAAAGAAGAAACCACGCCGCCGCCAUGGAUUUCGAGAACAUCUUGACGAUCGCAUCGCAGAACCAAGGCACAAGUGCCGUCCCGAAGAGAUACAGUUUAUCAGUUGGACCUCCCAAAAAGGACCCUAAAGUAAAAGGUGUAGCAUCAUCUGCAGUGCAAGCCUUCCUGAAAAAGAAAGAGAUGGAAAGCAGAAAGAAAGAAUUGGAAAAUAAAAUUAAGAAGGAUCAGCUCCUUGCCAAAAGAGUGGAAUUGAAAUCUGAUCGUAAAGCACGGGCUAUGGCAUCUCGGACAAAGGACAAUUUCAAAGGUUACAAUGGCAUUCCUAUAGUGGAGCAACCCAAAAAGAGGAGGUCUCGGAAAGGUGCACCUGGGGAGCAGGAAACAAGUCAGCAGUCUGAGGAUAACGGUACUUGUGAUGAUGAUGAUGAUGAGUAUUAUGAAUACUCGCAGAAUGAGACAGAGUAUGAAGAAGAGGACGAAGAAAAAAUGGAGGAGCAACAGGACAGAAGACCACAAUAUGAAGCACCUAGCAGACCACAAUAUGAAGCGCCUAGCAGACCACAAUAUGAAGUGCCUAGCAGACCACAAUAUGAAGCGCCUAGAAGACCACAAUAUGAAGCGCCUAGAAGACCACAAUAUGAAGCGCCUAGUAGACCACAAUAUGAAGCGCCUAGUAGACCACAAUAUGAAGCGCCUAGCAGACCACAAUAUGAAGCGCCUAGCAGACCACAAUAUGAAGCGCCUAGCAGACCACAAUAUGAAGCGCCUAGCAGACCACAGUAUGAAGCGCCUAGCAGACCACAAUAUGAAGCGCCUAGCAGACAACCAGAGAAGCCUAAGAAACCUCCAGUCAAGCCUGCUGCACCAUCACCAAUGAAUUUUGCAGAUCUUCUCAAGCUGGCACAAAAGAAGCAGUUUGAACCAGUGGAGAUUAAAGUUGCCAAAAAAACAGAGGAGAAACUACGAACUGCAGAAGAGCUUAAGGAAUUGGAAUUCUUGGAGAGAAAGAAUAAGAAAUCUCUUCAUCCAGUUAAGCCUAAGGAAGUGAGGUAUGAAAAAGAGAGUAAGACCCAAGCCCCACCCAUCUCUGUGAAAAAGGAAUUGUUGCAAAAUGAUUCAAGAAAUGUUAGGACACAGCCAAAACCUCAGACUUCAACCGAGAGAUUCUCAUCUCCUGACAUUCAGAGUAGAAAAUCAAAAGUACCUACUUCUAGUGAAAGGAUGCACAGUUCUUCAGCUGCUAAACCUUUUCCAAAUGAUAGGCCCAAAGUUGGACAUAGUGUUUCCAGUAAAAAUUCUUCAGUUCCUAACAUUGAUAAAAACUCUAUAAAGAGAAAUGUCGGUUCUCAGGGAUCAGCCAAAGCUCCAAUUAAAAGGCCACCUCCCUCUGAGGUGCGAAAUUCGAACACUUCGAGUGACCUUAGCCAGAGAAAAAAUCAUCCACUUUCUGCUGGCAAGAGUAGCAGUGGUAAUCCUCGGCCUGUAAGUAGCUCCAGCUCAGCUCCCGUGAAGCCCACACAUCCAGCACCAAGCCAGUUGAGUGGAUCCACAAAGCCUAAAAUGAGUGCUCCACGUCCUGAAUACGUGCAGGAAAGACCUGGACGUAAUGGUCCUGAUCGACCACCAAACAGGCCACUGCCUCAUCCUGGAAACAAUUCCCUUUCUAGAAGUUCAGGCAGUGGGCCAGGCCGACCUGGAAACCCUCCACAAGUGCGACUGGGGAGUUCAACACAAGUUCGACCUGGAAACAGUGGUCAAGUUAGGCCAGUGAGUGCUAGCACUGGGAACAGUUUAGGUUUUGAACAGAGGAGACCCAAAUGUACUGUAGUAUCAGAAACAAUUUCUUCAAAGAACUUUGUACCCAAACCAGGGACUGGAAUAAGACCACAAGUUCCUCCUGCUGCGUACAGACCUCAAGUGAGACCUCCAGUUCCCCAACUGCCACCUAUUACCUCGAGUUACAAACGGAGGUGGGAAGACGAAGAAGAGGAACUCGAUUCAGAAAUGGAUGACUUCAUUGAUGAUGGGGAUGUGAAUCAAGAUGAGGUUUCAAAACAUAUCCGAGAAAUCUUUGGAUAUGACAGAACUAAAUACAAAGAUGAUAGUGACUAUGCUUUGCGUUAUAUGGAAACAUCCUGGAAAGAACAACAAAAAGAAGAAGCCAGAAGUUUACGUUUGGGUAUCAAAGAAGACAUGGAGGACAUGCUCCUAGAGGAAGAAAUGAAUAAAAAGAAAGCAAUGAACCUUAAGAAAAGGAAACUGUAGAAGACCACUGGAUGGUAUUCCCUCCAGUCCUAUUGUUACAAUAUUGAUGGAGAUGUAUGGAAUCCUAAAGUUUGAUCUGAGCAUAGUUUUGCACUAAGAUUGUUCUUGCUUAAAGACUACAGAAAGAAUUAGUGUCUAAAUUCAGCACUCUGAUUGUUUUAUUUGUUGCCACUAGACACGGUCUACGUUUUGGUCCUGGAAUUUUCAAACCGUGAGUUCUUUGUAGCUUUUUUUUAUUGUUGUUAGAUCUUUGCUGAAGAAAACUACAUUAUUAUAAAAAAAAAAAAAAAAAUUAAUAUAUAUUCUGAAAAAGAAAAAUAUUUUUCUGUCUUUGGUUAAAAAAUGGAAGACAAUUUGUGUAUUGAUUGAGCUUCAAAAUAUAAUUCUAAGGGCUAUGCUUAAUAUAUUCUAAUUUUUCCUUAGGAUGUAAAUUCCCUAAAGCUUGAUAUUCAGAGAUCCUCAUUAGUAAUUUAGGACAAGCCUAGGAGCCAGGCUGGAUUCUUUACAGAAAGAUUAAGUGGACGUUUUGUUAUAAAUUGCCCAGGCUAACGCUCAUUUAAUUAUGACAACACUACUUUGGGGAUCACACAAACUCCUUUGUCGAAUAAAAAGGAAGGAAUAUUUUAAA